UAAAACCUUCAGUCUUAAGGAUAUAUCCCAGGUAUCCUGAUGGAUGUGUGCUGUAAGACAAAACCUGAAAGAAGCUCAGGAUACCGUGGCUGGUGCCAGCAAAGAGUUAAAUCAUCUGCAUGCUAAGUGUGCAGACAGCGAGAAUUUAACAGGAACUUUAAAAAGAGAGUUACAGAAAGUACAGCAGUGCUCAGAGGAGAAGAAAGUGCUUUUCCAGGAUCCUGUAGGGUGGGGUUUAUUCAGUUGUUGUUGGACAUCCACGCUCCCAUCGGGGGCUCGAAAUCUCUCGGUUCAAGAGGUUUCACGAGAACCUUUCCCUAAGCCUGACUCCCUCCUGAUGGAGGGAAAUGUGCUCCUUUGGUGCAGAGAGCGCCCUGCUUUGAAUUCUGUCCACAGACAUUCCAAACUUUCUGGCUGUUUGUUCCUCUCUCUGGCCGAAGAGUGCGCUGUGCUGAGGAUUCGCACAUCUCAGUCUGGCUUUGGUGUCAGGGGCUCCUUUGAGUGUCCUGCACUUUUAUUUGACUGUCGGGAGCCCUCCAGCCUUAGGAGAUGUCUGGGAGGCCGGAGAGAGCAGCGGGAGCCCCGGCAGAGCCCCGCGCUGGGUUCGGGCCAUUGUGGCAUCACCGUGCGCGUCCGUGGCAACCGUGGAAUCGCCGCCUCCGGCUCCGCGUUUGUCCCGGCUGGUCCCGGCACUCCAGGUCCUGCCCUGCCGGGAGCCGCUGCCCUCCGACCGUCCCAUCCGGUCCUGCUGGAGGAGGAGCAGCCUCGCAGCAGCUCCAGGCACCGGCGGCACUGUCCGAUCAGGCAGUGAUAUAGAAGGACAGCUGUUGCCUCAGGACAGAAAUCAACCAGAAAUGGACACCAGUGAAGAUUUGAGAAAGAAAAUCCAAGAGCUUGAGAAAAAAACCUUGGACUUAACCAAUCAACACAGUCAGUGAUGUAAGGAUUUUGUUUGCUUGCUUGCUUGCUUGCUUUAUUUUACCCUUGAAAUGAAUGUAAGUUGUUUCCUUAAAUGCAAUUU